UACUAGCUAGCUUUACCUUUUAGACAGACAGACAGACAGAGAGACAGCUCCAUUUGCCAAAUGCGAAUGGCGGUGGUGAUGCUUUCUUUCUAAUUGCUUCUUCUAAUAACCAUCCCAACUUUUAUAUUAUUCAGUAAAACAAACAGAAACCCAUUUUUUUAGAUUCCUAUUAGAUUGAUUCCCUCACCCACCGUCCUCUUCACACAAAACCCAUCAACUUAUUUAUUAUACUACCCAAAAAAGAUAGAGAGAGAAAAAUAAAAAGUUCAAAAAAAGAAAGAAAGAUCUUUAAUUUAUUUAUGAGAGUUUGAGUGAUUUGGAAAUGCUGAGACUCUCUAGGGUUUACCAGCUCUUCUUCACCUUCCUUCUCAUUGUCUCUGUCUUCUUCUCUAUUUUCUCUGAGUAGUAUGCUAUAUGCAGUUUUGGAUUCGAAGUGGGUUCCAAUUAUUGAACACUUGUGCUUGAUUGGGCUUUCUACCUUUUGUCAGUGAAUUUCUAGAAUUAAGCAAAAGAUGGCGGCUGAGCUUGUCAGUUCUGCGACAAGUGAGAAAUUGGCUGAAACGGAUUGGACGAAAAACAUUCAAAUUUGUGAAUUAGUUGCUCAUGAUCAAAGGCAAGCUAAAGAUGUUAUUAAAGCUAUCAAAAAACGACUGGGGAGUAAACAACCAAAUACUCAGCUCUAUGCUGUUAUGCUGUUGGAGAUGUUGAUGAACAAUAUUGGAGAACAUAUUCAUAAGCAGGUGAUUGAUACAGGGAUUCUCCCUAUUCUUGUGAAGAUAGUGAAGAAAAAGUCAGACUUGCCUGUACGAGAACGGAUAUUUCUUCUUCUAGAUGCCACACAGACAUCCCUUGGUGGUGCUUCUGGAAAGUUCCCCCAGUAUUAUGAUGCAUAUUAUGACUUGGUGAAUGCAGGAGUACAGUUUCCUCAAAGGCCCCACGCUGUCCAAUCAAGUCAUCCUAUGUCACAAGAAAAUAAGAAUGAUUUACCUAAUGGGGAACUAGCCUCCUCUAGAAAUGAAGGGGUUGCUCUCCAAGCAGAGCCUCAGAUUGUUCCUGAGUCUAGUAUAAUUCAGAAGGCAAGUAAUGCAUUAGAGGUUUUAACAGAAGUCCUUGAUGCUGUUGAUACUCAGCAUCCUGAGGUGGCAAAGGAUGAAUUUACACUUGAUCUUGUGGAACAGUGUUCGUUCCAAAAGCAGAGAGUUAUGCAUCUUGUGAUGACUUCUCGGGAUGAGAAGGUGGUUUCUCGAGCAAUUGAAUUAAAUGACCAACUCCAGAAAGUUCUUGCAAGGCAUGAUGCCCUCAUUUCAGAUCGGUCUACAUCAACUGCGAAUCACAUCAGUCAUGAAGAAACAGAGGACGAAGAGGAGGCUGAACAGCUUUUCCGAAGAUUACGAAAAGGAAAAGCUUGUGUAAGACCUGAAGAUGAAGAGCAGUCUGAAGACCGCCCCCACUUGGGCUUGCUUGGAACAUCCAUUCCAGCAGAAAGGCUAAACCGUCCACUUAUACGACCAGUGAAUUUGGAUUCAUCAUGCGAAGGAAAUGCAUAUCCUCCGCGUGUAGCAGUUUCACCGUCACCAAGACACAUUGAGAGGGAGCCUCCACCUAUUGCCAUUCCACCCCCACCAAAACAGACCGAGAGGGAUCUUCCACAUGUUGCGAUUCCUCCUCCACCUGCAAAACACACGGAGAGGGAGAGAUUCUUUCAGGAAAACAAGGUGGAUGGUUCUGGUUUGGCUGGCCAUGUGAGAGGUCUCUCGUUACACAGUCGCAACACCAGUAGCUCCCGCAGUGGAAGCACAGACUUUAGCGAGUGAUUACACACUAGAGGACCUUUCUUCUAUUUGUUAUUCUCUGAGUUUUGUAUUUCUAGUUUAUUUAUUAUGAUUUCUGAUUUGCUAGAGGUGGUGGUGGGUGUUGUAGAGAGAUGAAGGAUAAAAGUACUGAAAUUUUCAUGAUACAAUUAACAUAGAGUUUUUUU